CAUAUAGUACUUCUCUCAAUUUCCCACUAACCAAACACCCAAAUCCUCCAUUCUUUCACAUCUGAGCAAAUGGCCCGUACCAAGCAGACUGCUCGUAAAUCCACCGGAGGCAAGGCUCCACGCAAGCAGCUGGCCACAAAGGCUGCCCGGAAGUCAGCUCCGGCGACCGGAGGGGUGAAGAAGCCUCACCGUUUCAGGCCAGGAACUGUGGCCCUGAGGGAGAUCAGAAAGUAUCAGAAGAGCACUGAGCUCUUGAUCCGCAAGCUUCCGUUUCAGAGGCUAGUGAGAGAGAUUGCUCAGGACUUCAAGACCGAUCUCCGGUUCCAGAGCAGCGCCGUGGCGGCGCUGCAAGAGGCGGCGGAGGCCUACUUGGUGGGUCUGUUUGAGGACACCAACCUCUGCGCCAUUCACGCUAAGAGGGUCACCAUUAUGCCCAAGGACAUUCAGCUCGCUCGUAGGAUCAGAGGCGAGAGGGCUUAAUCCCCAAAUCUGUUGUUUUGCUUUUGGUAAUAUGUAGUGCGUUUAGGGUUAGGGUUUAUUUAUGAUUAUGUUAAGAAAUGUGGUUCCUAUUGGUCAUGAAUUUGCGCUGGGCGUGAAGUUGUAUAUCUCUUUGCUUUUGGAAAUGAAUAUUUGCAGUUGAUUAUAUAUAAAAUUGUUGUGUGGUUUCAG